AUGAGGGAGUGGACCGAGUUCGAGAUGAGCUUCUCAUCAGGAGGGUUUCUCUCCUCCUCAGAUGGUUUCUGCUCCUCAGAGCCGCUCCAGCAUUACGACAUGCUGGCGGACCCUCUGGGCUACCCCCUGCAGGACCCGGACCUCCAGCUGCUCCCGUACAGCCAGCAGCAGUACAGCCCGGCGGGUCUGUCCUUCUCGCUGUACGGCUCGCCGCCCUCCACCUCGCCCUCGCCCUCCUCCUCCUCGUCCUCCUCGCAGCUCUGCCACCCGCCGUUCCACUACAGCCCCCACUGCCUGGAGGCGGCCUGCGACCCCGGCCCGGACCCCCUCUGCGGGGGCCUGGCUCCGGGGUUCGGGCCCGCGGGGCUGCCUCUGGGACGGAGGUCACGGCUGGGGUCGGGGGGGAAGAUGCGGGGUCAGGAUGAGCUGUGUGUGGUGUGCGGAGACAAAGCGUCGGGGUAUCACUACAACGCCCUGACCUGUGAGGGAUGCAAAGGUUUCUUCCGGCGCAGCGUGACCAAAAAGGCGGUGUAUCACUGCAAGAGCGGCGGAGGCUGCGAGAUGGACAUGUACAUGAGGAGGAAGUGUCAGGACUGCCGGCUCAGGAAGUGCCGCGCCGUGGGCAUGCUGGCCGAAUGCCUGCUGACUGAGGUCCAGUGUCAGUCCAAGAGGCUGAGGAAGGGAGGGAAAGGCCGAGCGCCGGAGGAGGAGGAGAGCGCCGACAGCAGAAGAGUCAGCUCCACCAGCAGGCUACCUGCACAGGCUUUGUCGUCCAGUCUGAGCGGAGAGCAGAAGCACAUGGUGGAGCGGAUGGUGGAGGCUCACCGGCUGUACGGCGCUCCGGACGGGAGCAGCUGCAGGGUGUUGGAGUGGCCGUGUCCAGACGAAGGAGAAGACCUGCCUGACGUUUCCUUACAUAUGCAACGACUGCUGACGUUUGCCAGGACGGUGCCGGGCUUCGACCUCCUGGAUUUCUCCGAUCAGAGCUCCCUGCUGUCCUCGUCCUCUCUAGAGGUCAUGUUCCUGCUGUCAGCUCAGCAGUUCUCCAACAACCCGUCCAGCCCGAGUCCAGCCCUGCAGCUUUUCAGCACGUCGACACACAACUGGCUCAGAAACGCCGAGUCGAAGGAGAACUUCCACAUCAGCUCCGGAAACGGUCAGGAUCUCCUCGGACCGGUGCUCGGCUUCUUCCACAGCAUGGUGGCGCUGCGGGUGACCGAGGCUGAAUACGCUCUGCUGACCGCCACCGCGCUGCUCUGCUCAGACCGGGCGUCGCUGCAGGCAGCCGGCUGCGUGGACAGGAUGCAGGAGCUGAUCCUGGACCUGCUGUCCCGGGCCUCCAGGGGGGGGCCGCAGCGCCUCGGCCACCUGCUGGGCCGGCUGACGGAGCUGCGGACGCUGCGCCACAACUACCUCCUGCUGAUAGGGCGGCGGUCCGGACACUGACGGAGAUAAAGCCUGCUGGCCGACUCCCCGGCGCUGCAGCCGGCUCACGAGGAGGGACUGAGACGUCUUCACUGGCUGCUGGAAUUAAUUUGAUGAGAGAAGUUUUUAUAGGACUUUUUAUACUUGUUGUAUACUAACGUGCACACUUCCUCUACUUUUCACUUUGCUGAGUUCAAUAAAACAU